CACAUAGGCCGGCCGGCCAGCUGACUGGCAGUGUCGCACCGACGUCUAUGCCCGCCGCAUGUGCCGCAUCGAUUCAUCGAAUAAUCGAAUAAUCACUCGAAUGCAUCGGAAAUGCAACGCGAUCGAAAACAGACGCGCGCCCCGGCAUCCGAUGGUGUGAGUUCUGUGCUAUGACAAGUGUUCUUUUUUCAAAUUUAGAGUUUUGUUUCUUUUAUUUGGAGAGCAGUUUGGAGUGUGCUUGAGAUUUAACCCGGAGCGGACAGGAUGGCGACAAAAAUGAAACGACUCAGCCUAUAUCUAUGGACAUUCAUACUGCUAGUCUGGGCGCAACUGCCCGGCUUGUCCGGCUACAGUUGCCCGUACGGGCACGACUGCGGCUUCGCCCCCGCGCCCCCCGGCCGCGCGCCGCCCUGCGCGCUCCCGGGGCUCACCUUCUGCGUGCACCCGGAGCCUUACCCUGAAUCAGUAAUCCGGCAGCUAGUGGAAGCGGGGCAGUACGACAUCCGCACUCUCCUCUCGGACGAGUCCAAGGAUGACUUCAACGCUCGCAAGAAGAACCCUUACCCCUACGGCUACGGACCCAACUCCCUGCCACAUGUCGACCAGAUCUCUAUAGUGAAUGAGGUGUUCCCGAAUAACUAUGACAAGUUCCAUGGACAUGGGUAUAAUCAUGAUAUUUUCUCUCAAAAAACGCCACUACAGCCACCGUCUCCUAUUGAACCAUCUCCAUACAACAUCAACGUGUUCCAAGCGUCGAAUUUCACCAAAUACAACGGUUUCCAAGGCUUCAACACGGCUCCUGGGAACUACUGGACCCCUCAAGGGCAAGGAUACGACACUGGCUAUGACAAGAAGGUCUACCGCAGUAAUGUGAACCCUGGGCUCGGGUACAAUAGCCAGUACAACGCUCAGCCUAACUACAACCCCAAUUAUGACUCGACGGAUUGGUUCCGUCCAGCCAGCCCUGUGACGCAGUACAAUCCCGUUGAUUGGUGGAAGUAUGUCUCUCCAUCCCGCUCCGACAACGCUGACGUCACAGUAGAGCGGUCCAUCUCCUACCCCACCAGGUCUUCAACAGUGCGCCACAACUCCACGGCGCUCGCCAGAGGGCGUAAGAGGAGGAAUGCUGAGCUGGUCCGGGCCGCGUCCAAGAGAAAACUGACUGGAGCUGAAGCGCUGAAGAUCGCGUUGGGACUUGCAAGUGCUGAAUCUUCAGCAGAGCGGCCUCGCAGACAAACGGACAAUACUGAGGAACUGUGCCGAGUGCGGACGCAGUUCAUCACUCCGCGGGCAGCGCUCAACAAUAAGGGCGCCUGGAAAUACGUCGUCAACAUGCCAGACAACAUGACUCAGCUCGUGAAGGCUGAAAUUUGCGCGUCAACAGAAUGCAGUGGAUUAUGUUCAGUGCCGCUCGGAUACACAACGCGCUGCGAACAAAAAUAUAUUCAAAAGCGACUAGUAGCUUUGGAAUCUAAUGGACAAAACCUAUACACGGAUGUAUUUUGGAUUCCCAGUUGCUGCCAAUGUACAAUCGUGGCCAAUUGAUAUUUGUGAUUUGACGAAUAGUUCAAACUUUGGAACUUAUGAUUAUGCCUAGCAUAUUUUAGUACUAACUACCCCUCCAUAGAUGGCGCUGCUGGUAAACAGGGCUACAAUAAUAAUAUAUUUCAUUCAGAAGUGCAAAAACUUCGCAACAUGUGAUUUUAGAAUACAAAAUGAGUAAUCUCUUUUAGUAAAAUUAGUAAGUAGGUAUGUCGAUCUAAAUAUGAAAGGGUAGGAUGGUUAUAUUGGAGCGCGAGUAGGUUUGGUUUGAUCAUAUUUUUAACCGACUUUUAAAAGAAGGAGCUUAUCACUUCAUCUUUCUAGAUUUAUGUUGACACUGCCAAUUUGAUGUAAAGCUUCUUUAAUAAGGUUAAAUUACUUCGUAAGUUAAUGAUAAAGUCAUGACACAUUUACAUAACUUACUAUGAUGGUACAUAGUUACAAAAAUAGACUAGAAUAGGCAUUUCAUAAUAGUUUUGCGUUAUGGAGGCUCAUAUUUUAGAAGAAAAGUAUGAAUUAAAAAUAAUAUUGAGAAUAAUUUUAAGUGAAUAUCCUACAGGCAGAGUAUUAUAAUUUUAACCAAGUAUUAAAUAUUUUAAAGAGAUGUAAAUAUUAGAUACUUUGUAAAUACCUAUAAUAUCCUUAUGUUUUUUUUCUGCUUGUAUAAAAUGACAAUCCGUUGGAUAGUUUAUCCCGAGUGACACAAGAUUUUAAAUUUACAUACAAAUUACGUACUUACAUAGUUUUAUCUUAGUUAUUUUUUACUUUAUUAACUGUAACUUAUUGUGAUCUCUUUUGAGAAUAUUUUGGGCAUACUUAGCACUAACAUGUUAAUUGUAAGUUAAAUGAAACAUUGCAAUUUAAAUUAUUUCAAUUUCAUUCAUUUUAUUGUUCCUUCAAAUAAAAUGUUACCUUUUAUAAAGCAAUAUUUUUUAUGACAUUAUGAACCUGUUCCUGUCCC